AGUAAGAAGAAGAAGAAGAAGUGUAAGCAGAAGCAGAAGGCAAGCAUGGCGUAUUCGGCGAGAAUUGGUCCUUCAAUAUUGAGCAGUGAUCUGUCACAGCUCGGCAGGGAGUGUGAGAGGAUGAUGGAGUGCGGUGCCGACUAUCUGCACCUUGAUGUUAUGGACGGGCAUUUUGUUCCUAACUUAACAUUUGGUCAUCCGAUGGUCGAGUGUUUACGACACACUAUUGGUCCAGAUCCAUUUUUUGACAUGCACAUGAUGGUGUCCAGGCCAGAGCAGUGGGUAAAGCCCAUGGCAGCAGCAGGGGCAAAUCAAUACACUUUCCACAUAGAAGCUACGACUAACCCUGGCAACCUCAUCAAAGAAAUCAGAGAGAGUGGUAUGAAGGUUGGUCUGGCCAUCAAACCUGGAACGACAGUAGAGGAAUUAGCACCAUGGGCUGGACAGAUCGAUAUGGCUCUUGUCAUGACAGUAGAGCCAGGCUUUGGUGGUCAGAAGUUUAUGGAAGACAUGAUGCCAAAGGUGAGUUGGUUAAGGAGUCAGUUCCCAUCUCUGGACAUUGAGGUGGAUGGUGGAGUUGGUCCAGACAGCAUUCACAGAUGUGCUGAGGCUGGAGCUAACAUGAUCGUAUCAGGCAGUGCUGUGGUGGGCAGUGAUGAUCCCCGCUCUGUAAUCGCCCUCCUCAGAAACGUUGUUAGCGAAGCCAUCCAGAAGCGCUCUUUGGACCGCUGAUCAUCUCAACUUUUUACCUUGAUCCAUUUACAGUCACAACUGAUAUUCAGUGUGCUCCCACUUUUGAGAUUCAGAUUUAAUCUACAGAUACAUUGUUAUUGAAAGUUCAGUGGUGCUUGUGAAUGGACGUGACUCGGAAUAGGAUGUGGAUUUAUUUGCACAUCUAGAAACCCUGCCAUGACUCUUGUUUGGAUUCAACAGGCGUUUUAGAUCUUUAUCACCUCAAAGGAACUGCUUGAGUUCAGACAGAAAGUCUCCGUUGUCUCCCCAGUGACAACAAUUUGACCAUUCCUCUCUUAAUGAAAGUAAUUUGGUUUGUCUAUCAAAUUAAACAAAAUUCCUUCUUUUAUUUUACUUUAUUUGUUUUGUUUCUUUCAUGAUAUCAGUCACAGUGUGCCUGACAGAACAUGGUUACACUGUUGAUAAUAAAACCUUUAUUACCUUUAUGAACGGUUUCGAUUAAUUGUUAGUUUAAGAGAUGGUUUGUUGGUAUUACAGUAUUCGCUGCAGGUCAUGAUGGUUUAUAUGAAUUUUCACAUUUUUUUUUAUUGAACAUUCCAUCAAGCUUUAAUUCUACUUUCAAAGGUUGCAAUGGGCUUUUGUCUGUCUGUUCUGGUGUAAUAUAAAUGAUCAUGUGACCAAUAAUAAACAUAGGAGUAACACUGCAAGAUGUUUUAGACAUUAAUUUUUUAAUCGUACGUUAUUGUGUGAUGUUAAAGUCAAAUGUAUUUGAGUGAAUGAGCAGAUGUUGAAUUAAAAACAAUGCUCACAGAACAUAAGAA